UUGUGUUGUCUAGUACGCUGGGGUUAUCUGUGAUUUUAUUAUAAAUUAUGCGGUGCAUAUUUUUAUUUCGGACGUGCACUACCAUACAUUAAUCCGGUAAAAUGUUGAAUGGAAUAGUGGUGGAGCCCUCCGUGCACUUCUUCGAAGGUGUAGAGAAGCUAUUGGAAAUUUGGUUCGAGGAUGGAGAUAAUGGCGAUUAUGACUUAAGGAAGAUACCAAGAACCAACUGGGAAAAUUUACUAAAAACCGUGAAAUGCGAAAUAAUAAGUUUUACCAAAAAUGAUGCCAUAGAUGCUUAUGUAUUAAGUGAGAGUAGCAUGUUUGUUUCCAAAAAUCGUUGGAUCCUAAAAACAUGCGGUUCGACAACAUUGCUUAAAAGUCUCAAGCCGCUCUUGGAGCUUGUGCCACAGUAUGGCUUUACUGAGAUAACUGAUUUGUUUUAUUCAAGAAAAAAUUUUUCCAGACCAGAACUGCAGUCAUUCCCACAUCGUGGCUUCUGUGAAGAAGUCGAAUAUCUGGAUACGCUUUUUGAAGAAGGCAGAUCCUAUUGCUUGGGUUCAAUUAACAGAGAAUGCUGGUACUUGUAUACUUUUAGUAAAUUUAAAAAAGAAGUGAGUAGACCACGCAAGUUGGAUAACUCAGAGCCAGAUCAGACUAUUGAGAUUUUGAUGCAAAAUCUGGACAACAAUGUUAUGUGCAAGUUUUCCAAAGAGAAGUUCUCUACUGGGGCAGAAGUGACCAAAGCUACAGGCAUAGACAAACUUUUACCGGAUAUGGAAAUAGAUGAUUUCCUUUUUGAUCCAUGUGGAUAUUCAAUGAAUGGAAUCGGCGAUAAGGGAGAAUAUAUGACGAUACACAUUACCCCCGAGAGUAAUUUUUCGUAUGUUAGUUUUGAGAGCAAUGUUUCAAUGAAUAAUUACGCGGAUCUUAUAAACCGUGUGAUAAAAACUUUCAAGCCAGGAAAGUUCGUUGUAACUAUAUUUGCGAAUAAGUCCUCACCUGCUUAUGCAACAAUAAAAGAAUUAGAACUCGAAUAUACGGAGACUACGAGUUGGAAACGUUCAGACAUGCAAUAUUGCAGUUUCCCGCUUUACAAUUUACUAUUUGCACAAUAUCGCCAAUGUUCUUGAAGGAGUUUUGACCCUUAUUUCCUAAAUACAUACAUUUAUAGGUCUUCAUAGGAAAUCUCAAAUAUGUUUUUAACACCGGACUUCAGUAAGCACAUUUCUGUUAAAUUAUAAAAUAAAUGCUAGUAACCAA